AUGCUUGCUAAAGUUCAGUUUUGGAACUCCAAAAAAUUCAUCAAGCUUCAAGAUGGAUUUACAUAUGUGGACUUCAUAAAUGAAGUUCACAAUAAAUUUGGACUGCCUUCAGGGACAGCUCUUUGUAUUUAUGAUGACACUGAAACUGAAAUUGAGGAGGACAUUUUACAUGAUUUACUUCAAGCAAAACCUGCCAUGAUGUUAACAGUCAGAGACAACAAUACUGUUGUUUUGAAGGUUGUCCUUGCUGCCUUAAACCACAAAGCCGGUGGCGAUGCCAUACUUGCUGAGUACAGGUCCAAAAACAUUCUGACAAGUGAAACAAGGCGUGUUCUUGUCAACAUACUGAUUGGACACAUGGCAGAGAUGCAUGGGCGGAUUCCUACACGGAACCAAAGAGAGCAGUAUGCCCUUGGUAUUGUCACACUUUUUCCAGCAUUGCGAGAUCCAUACUCAAAGAAGGGCUAUGUUAACCAAGACUUCACACUCCUCUUCAAUCCUGAAACAGCUAAUACAUUGCUGGAAAAGUGGGACACUGUAUUCAAACCAGGAAUCAUUGAGGAAGCCAUGGGCUUGACUUUAACUCCUGCUGUGCGUUCCCUCAUCUCAUCAGCAAGAAAACAGACAAUCGGUGAAGACAAUUGCAAAUGGGACAGUGACUUGGCCACUCUGCUUUUGCUCGUUCAUCUCCUUCCACCUCAACCGGGAGGCAAGAGAACUGCCAAAAUCAGUGCUGCUGAUGCUGCUGAUCGCCUUGUUGUGCAUCAUAAGUCUUGCAACAGCAUUGAUGAACAUGUUCAGCAAAGAGAAGGACAUCAGCCAUACCUCCUUGCUGUAGGAAGAAGCCAAGACCAGAUUGACAAUUUUUAUGUAGUCCUUGACAAAAAUCUCAUCCCCUGUCAGGUGGUUGGUUCCCUCAGUGCAUUCGACAAGCUUUUCAAAGCUCACUUUGUUUUUAAUUUAACAUAUGACAAUGCACUCAUAAACUUCUACACUUUCAUUCAAACAACCAUCUACAAAAUUGAUGUAGGCAAGAUGAGAGAGUCCCCAAGAAUAAAAGAGCUUCGCGCUAAACUACUGAAUGACUAAUAUUUGUAAAGCAGCUGAGAAUGCCAUCUUGUUUUAAAUGCAAAGCAUUAUAUACAUCUAGUCAGUCACUCAUUUCACAUUUAAGGUUCGAGCAUGCCUUUUAUCCCACUAUAAAAUUCAAGUUGAUUUGUGGACAAGAAACAUGCAUAAAACAAUUUAGCACUUAUUCUGGAUUUAGAAAACAUUUAGACACUAGUCAUCCAUCCCAGUACAUCCCUGAAAGCAUUGUGAAUGAAAAUAGACAUUUAUCUUCCAAAGACAAUACAUCAGAGACACCAUGUACUUUAGGUGAUGAGUCUGUAUUAGAUGCAGAGAAUCUUGACAAAAGUGAGUCUGGUUUUUCACCAGGUGAUGUGAAAAACAUGUGUGCAGAUAUUGUUGCAAAACUACAAGGAAGUGGUGCUUCCAGUAAUGUAGUAUCAUCAAUUGUUUGUGAUCUACAGGAAUUGGUAACUGAGAUACACUCUGAGAUUCAGCACAGAGUACUCUCUGCUUUUCAUGUGAACGAUUCUUUAAAGUCAGAAG